AUGGAGGAACAGAAGGAGGAAGACGAACUUCGAGCUAUCUGUCCCAAGGGUCUGUUCUGUAUGAUUUGCGGCCUGGGUGACGCCGACGGCCACGUUCUUCUGCUCACGGAAUGCGAUCACCUCCUCUGUACGCGUUGCACUCAAGUCGAUCACAAUGCUGUCUUCGCUUGCCAAGUGUGUCGCAAGAGAUCUCGUGCAUCUCUCGAAAUCAACGCCAGUGAUCCUCCGGAGGCACUGCGCGCUAUAAUGCGGAUGCCGAGGGAUAUCGUUGCGCUUAUCCUAAAGGCGAAUGAGACGCAGGUGCGACUGAAACAGCUCUUCGCGGACAGAUUGGAAGAAAGAGUGCAAGCUGCUUCUGAACAGGCGCGUCGAGUCGACUCUGAAACGAAGAGACUGGAUCUCCUUCAGCGGAGAGGCGAAAAAUUCCUGUGA